AUGCAGAAAAAUCCAGAAUACAACUACCACUCCCAAUGUGAGAAGGUAAAAAUCACAAACCUUAGCUUUGCUGAUGAUUUACUCUUAUUUGCUCGAGGAGACUUCAUUUAUGUGGAUCUCAUGAUGAAGACUUUCCAUAGCUUUUCAGCGGCUACUGGGUUAAAGAUGAAUGCUAGUAACUGUAAGAUUUAUUUUGGCAGUAUGGAUGAGAACACCAAGCAGGAAAUAAAACUAUUAACAGGUUUUCCUGAAGGGCCACUCCCAUUCCGAUACUUAGGAGUCCCUAUAACAACUAUGAAAAUGAACUGUCAUCAUUAUACGGGUUUGGUAAAGAAAAUAGUUGGGAGGAUAACUCAUUGGAGAGCUCGAAUAUUAAGCUAUGCAGGCAAAAUUCAAUUACUGAAGAGCAUCACGUUUGCAGUCACCAACUAUUGGAUGCAAUGCUUUCCCCUCCCUAAGCAUGUGAUCCACAAAAUAGAUGCGAUUUGUCGUAGUUUUAUGUGGACAGGUGGCAAGGAAAUAAGCAGAAAAUCACCAAUCUCGUGGGAUAAAGUCUGUAGGCCGAAAUGCAAUGGUGGAAUGAAUUUAAUUUCUCUGCAAAUCUGGAAUCAGGCUACAUUAUCUAAGCUGCUCUGGAGCAUAAGCUGUAAAGCCGACAGUCUUUGGGUUCGUUGGGUUCAUGCCUAUUACCUGAAGAAAGACAAAAUUAUGGAUGUGAAGAUUAGAAUAAGCUGCUCUUGGAUCUUAAAAGCAAUUCUAAAGCAGAGAGACAAUGUAAAUAACAUGCAGGUUUGGCAUAUGAUGCGGUAG